GUCCUAAAACUUAAAAUCCCAAAUUUCUAAUCGUGUGUCUGUAUGUUACAGAUGCACUUGAUAUCAAGAGAAAUGGGAUAUUUGGGGUUGAUGUUGUUGAAGUACAAAGUUGCAUAUACAGUGGUGGAUACUAUAAUGGUGAUGUUAAGUAAGUUGAUGUACGGAGAUAUAAGCAAAUAUUAUGGUGUGAAAAGGCCAGAAGAAGGACCAUUUGCUUGUAAAAUAAAGUAUGGGAAGUACCCUGUUUUUGAUGUGGGGACUUAUCAAAAGAUCAAGUCCGGUGAAAUUCAGGUGUUACCUGUAAUGAAAGGCAUAAGAGGAAAUGAUGUUGUGUUGGAAAAUGGUAAAAUUCAUCAAUUUGAUGGUAUUGUUUUUUCUACUGGAUUCAAGAGAACUAUUCACAAGUGGCUUCAGGGAGAUGAUUAUCUGCUGAAUGAAGAUGGAUUACCAAAGCCAGAAUUUCCACAACAUUGGAAGGGGAAGAAUGGACUCUAUUGUGUGGGGUUAUCAAGAAGAGGACUUUAUGGGAUUGCAUUUGAUGCCCAAAACAUAGCCACACAUAUCAACUCUCUGCUCUCUAAAUAAUUAUUUAUUGCUUUUGCUGAGUGAGAGUUUUUAGAGUCUUAGACAUGAAGGGAUGUGAAUGUUGGUUAGUUAAAUUAAAUUAUGACAUUUAAUUUUUUUUAUGCAAUGUAAUGUGAGUGAGAGAA